AUGUCGAACACCGAUUUCCUUGGGCGGGCCAUAGACGUGGUUAAGAAAGCCAUCGAAGCCGAUACCGCAGCGGAAUAUGAUAAAGCAUAUCAACUCUACUACCAAUCUCUUGAACUCUUCAUGCUCGCUCUCAAAUGGGAGAAAAAUGCCAAAUCCAAGGAAAUGAUCCGCGCCAAAGCUGGCGAAUACAUGGAGCGAGCUGAAAAAUUAAAAACACAUCUUGCAGAUGCGGAAGGCAAACGAAAGAAACCCAGUAUGAUGGGAGCGAAUGGGAGUUCGACGGGAGGAAAAGCAAAUGAAGAGGAAGGGGAUCCAGAGAGUAAAAAGUUGAGAAAUGCAUUGCAAGGAGCCAUUCUACAGGAUAAACCAAACAUCAAGUGGGAGGACGUAGCGGGUUUGGAGGCCGCAAAGGAGGCGCUUAAGGAGGCUGUCAUUCUGCCAAUUAAGUUUCCACAUUUGUUCACGGGGAAAAGACAACCUUGGAAGGGUAUUCUGCUUUAUGGACCACCAGGAACAGGAAAGAGUUAUCUGGCCAAGGCAGUAGCUACGGAAGCAAACAGUACGUUCUUCAGUGUGAGCAGUUCGGAUUUGGUCAGUAAGUGGAUGGGAGAGAGUGAAAGAUUAGUCAAACAACUAUUUACCAUGGCCCGCGAAAACAAACCCUCUAUCAUCUUCAUCGAUGAAGUAGACGCUCUUUGCGGACCCAGAGGAGAAGGAGAAUCAGAAGCCUCGAGACGUAUCAAAACCGAAAUGCUUGUCCAAAUGGAUGGUGUAGGAAGAGACAGCCGAGGCGUAUUAGUCCUAGGUGCUACCAAUAUCCCCUGGCAAUUAGAUGCUGCCAUUCGACGUCGUUUCCAACGCCGUGUUCAUAUUUCUCUUCCAGAUUUACCUGCACGAACUAAAAUGUUUGAGAUCAGUGUCGGAACUACUCCUUGUGAAUUGGUGGCCUCUGAUUAUAGAAAGUUGGGGGAACUGAGUGAGGGCUACUCGGGAAGUGAUAUCAGUAUUGCGGUUCAAGAUGCUUUGAUGCAACCUGUACGGAAAAUCCAAACUGCUACACAUUAUAAAAAGGUCAUGUCCGAUGGAAUAGAAAAACUAACUCCCUGCUCACCCGGUGACGCAGGAGCCAUGGAAAUGUCCUGGACAGAGGUCGAUUCGGAUAAGCUUCUUGAGCCACCUCUUCAAGUAAAAGAUUUCAUCAAAGCUAUCAAGGGGGCUAGACCUACUGUUUCCCAAGAAGAUAUCCAAAGGAGCACGGAUUGGACCAAUGAGUUUGGUAGUGAAGGUGCUUGA